UUUUUUUUCUCUUCUCCUCCGUCAUUGAGCAACUUGAGGCUGCAGCAGAUGGAAAGAUUGCUGUGAGAGAGACGCACAAGGAUUGGAUGAAGCCAUGCAGAGAGUGAGGCAGCAGCUGACCACCGCUAAGCCUUCCUAACACUUUUUUUUUGGAGAAUACACCAGGACAGUCCAAGAGGGAAGGUGUUAGACUCAGACUCACCAGGAGCUAAACAAACUAAAAGAACAGGAGAUGAGAGUAGAGGCAGGAGAUGCUUAGACGGACCGAGAAGUGAGUAGCACAACAAAAAGGAUUUCAAGUGUUUUUGUGAAGACUGUUGCAGAAGUAAAUACAAAGUCGAACAUAGGGAAGCAUGGCCAACUCAGGUCUACAGCUGCUGGGUUACUUCCUGGCUCUGGGCGGUUGGAUUGGGGUCAUCUCCACCACGGCUCUGCCCCAGUGGAAGCAGUCGUCGUACGCGGGAGAUGCCAUCAUCACAGCUGUGGGGCUGUACGAGGGCUUAUGGAUGAGCUGUGCCUCUCAGAGUACGGGACAGGUGCAGUGCAAGAUCUUUGACUCCAUGCUCUCCCUGGACAUCCACAUCCAGACAUGCCGGGCCCUCAUGGUGAUCUCUGUGCUACUGGGAUUUAUGGGCAUCAUCAUCAGUGUGGUGGGGAUGAAAUGUACUAAAGUGGGCGACAACAACCCCAGCACCAAAACACGCAUCGCUGUCACCGGUGGAGCGCUCUUUCUGCUCGCAGGUCUGUGCACACUGGUGUCUGUGUCCUGGUACGCCACUCAGGUGUCUUAUCAGUUCUUCAAUCCCAACACUCCAGCCAAUGCCAGAUACGAGUUUGGCUCCGCUCUGUUUGUGGGCUGGGCAGCGGCCAGUCUGACCAUCCUGGGCGGCUCCCUCCUGUGCUGCUCCUGCUCCAAAGAGGAAAUGCGAGGGCAGCAAUAUUAUCGCCAAUCACAGCCUUCCACGACCAGGGAGGCAGAGUUGUUGAGUGAGACUAGUGUCCAUGAAUGAUCAGCCUCGGCCUUUUUAUCGUGGACUGUCCCAGUGUCUUCCCUGUUCUGUACUUUAAACUCUACCUGUUGUAGUUUUCCACUCAAAUGCAUUGAUCCCCUUAUUUCAGAUUAUCUGUAAAUAUGGACUUUCUUAGCACCAGUGCUUCUACACUGUAUGCAAGCUAACAUGGCUGCAUCAUGUGUCUUAUGUUGUGCUGAUUUAUUGUUUCACAUUUGGUUUGUAAAUGUUUGGCUGUAGUUUCUUAGUUUCUUUAUGUCACAGUUCUUUGACUGAAACAUGUCUUUUUCCUUUUGAAUUGCAGAGCAAAUGUUAAAACUACCCCACCAGAGAAAAGGGAGCAGUACUUGUAGUUUGGGAGAGUCUUCAGACCUUUCAGUUUUUUAAAAAUGUGUCUCAAAACCAUCUCACUGAAGUUCACAAAACAGACAAACGUGGCAGUAAUGUUGACAACAAUCUAAAGUUCUGUCUCUGAUGGUCCUGGAGGCAUUUAAGCCUAGAGCUCGUCUGUUUUGUAGUUUCAGGAGGAUCUGUCAUUCAGGGUAUGUUUUGUGUAACCUGUUACUAUGCCCAGGUGUAUAUACCACCGAAUUUUCCUUUCGUGCUACUUUUAAUGUUUUACUACUGCCUUAUAACACAUGUGUCUUUAACUAGAACAACUCUUGGGAAUUUGACAGCCAGCAUAUCUGUCUUUUCUAAAACUGAGAUGAAUGUGAAAUACUAUGGAAUUAAAUUUGGCCAAAAUGCCUACGUGAAAUACAGACUUAACGGGAUAAGAUAAAAUAAACAAACAUCUAUAAGAUCUGGAUGGGCGCGUCCUCUGUCCACUGUGUCCAGGACGAGGUUCUGCAGCAGGACAGUCCGCUCUGAUUGGCCCUUUGGCUGCGGGGUGUCUACAAAAAGGUUGGAGAUCUAGUCAUUUACACAUUUAGUUGACCUUUCCUCCUCCUUUGUUCAGCCAAUUCCCCUAAAAAGUAACUCAUUAUUCAGCGUAGAUAUUUUAAAAUGGAGGAAACGACAUUUAACUUGAACCAGGCCAUGACGAGUGCGUACAUGAGGAAUAAAAGUGGUACUUUUACUAAAAAAAAUAUGGUUUACAGUCGUAUAAAGCAGGUGGAAUGACAUACUGUAAUAGAACGUGUAGGAUAAUCUAGGAUAUUUCUAUUUUUCAUUGGCUUUCGUCACAUUUUGUUCCAUAUUUUGGCAGUAAAUUCAAUUCCAAGUAUAUGAACGAUUACCACUUCUAAACAUGUGUAGUAAAUACUCCUUUAAAGCUUAUGACACUGUGCACGGAGAAUCUGUUGUGCCAAAAUGUGUAAAUAUCAGUCGUAAUAUUAGACUGUCAAAAUGUACUGUACCGUUCUGUUAAUAUAAAACAAAAACUGUCAUCACUCGCAUUUAUUUACCAUGCCUUCUUUUUAAUAUUUGCCAUCUUGUUGUGUACCAUCUCAUUUACCCCUGUAUGUUUCUUUUAAAAUAAAGUAAACAGAAGAACA